UCUGCAGUGCAUUUGAACGUGACUGAGGAGGAUGUGGUGAAGACCAUACUGGAAUUCCUUGAUUCAAGAGGAUUACAUAUUGCACAGUUAUCACUUGAACGGGAGACGGGUAUAAUAAACGGUGAUUUUUCGGAGGAUUUAUUAUUUUUGAGGCAGUUGGUAUUGGAUGGCUUAUGGGAUAGUGCGUUGGAUUUUAUAGAGCCUUUGAAAGAUGUGAAUGAGUUUGAUAUACGGGCGUUUCGAUACAACAUCACGAAGUACAAGUAUUUCGAGUUGUUAUGCAUCAAGCAAGAGCCUGGACCCUUACAUGACAACGACUUCACUGUCGAGGAGCUUGUGGAAUGCUUGAAAGAUCUCGAACACAUCUGUCCAACACCCGAAGACUUCAGAGCUUUGUGUGCUUUAUUGACCCUACCUAAGCUGUCCGAUCAUGUCGACUUCAAAAACUGGAAUCCAAGCAGUGCUCGUGUGGAAUGCUUCAAAAAGGUUUGUUCGUUCAAUUGCUAUUCUGGACGAAACCGUGACGCUUUACGGAAACAAAGUCCCUGGAUCUCCGGUCCGGCUGAACCGAUUCCAGGGAAAAAGAGAACUCUAGCU